AAUAGUUACUAGAUCAUUUAAAAAAUGUGGUAUUUCUAAUGAAUUAGAUGGUACUGAAGAUGAUUUGUUAUAUGAUUCAGAUAAAAAAAAUGAUAAUAGUGAAGAUUUAUUAGAAAUAGUCGAUAAAGAUAGUUUUUUUGCAGAAGAAUUAGAUUUAGAAGAUUAG